AAUUAAUGGAAGCUCACAUAAAUUCUGAAAACCCCUUUAUUGCUCAAAGGAAUGAGGAGAACGAACACCAAGAUGAAGGUGGCUUUUAUUCAGCAGGAUUUACUGAGGAUGAAAAAUAUGAUGAAAAUUAUGGUGAUGGAGGCAUAUCUGUGAACCUCAUGGCCCAACACCGAGGAAGUCCUGACAGCCGGCAUGGAGCAGAACAAAAGCAUAAGACUUUACACAAGUUACAGAAAAACGAAGAUAACGCUCAAGAUGGUCUAAUUGGCUUCAGAAAAUCCCCUUCACAAGAGCGCUCUCGAAGUGGUAGUAAUCCCAGAAAUGAGAGGAAAGAAAGGAUGUUGAUGAAUAACCAACAAGAGACUCCUGAAAUGGAUAACAAAAAGAAAAACAAUGCAAAGCUAAAAUAAGAAAAUGAAAUUGAAGGACCUCGAAACUAAACUUAUGAGUGGCUUAUUCUCCUUUGAAACAUUGAAAAAAGAAGGUUACAAGAUGAUGGAAAUAACUUACAGAAAUUCAAUUUAUUAUGGUCAAGUUAAAGAAUUCGAGGACGCCCGUUGUCACAAAGAAGGAAAGGGUAUCCUCCUUUAUGAUAGCGGAAGGGUCUAUGAAGGAAAUUGGAAGAACAACAAAAGAGAAGGAAUCGGAUACGAACGAUUCCAGAGCUCAGGCAAUGAAGGUUCUAGCCAAGAUCUUAAAGACAAUACAGAUUGAGAUAUUUAUCAAGGAGAGUAUAUGAUGGGCAGGGCUCAUGGCAGAGGAGUCUACGUCUGGCAAAAUGGUGAAACCUAUGAUGGUGAGUGGUACAAAGGAAUGCGUCAGGGCAAAGGAAUCUGGAAAGGCAUCAACAACCAAUACUAUGACGGAGAGUGGUCCAAGGGAAAAGCCCAUGGCUUUGGAGUACAUCUCUGGUCAAACGGUGACAAAUAUGACGGUGAAUGGUACAGGUCUCUCAAACAUGGGAAAGGAAAAGACUAUUUCCAUAAUGGAGACACUUACGAAGGCGAGUACAGAUAUGGAAAAUUCGAAGGUAUUGGCACAUACAAGUACUCCAAAGGAGCUAUCUACGUUGGCCAAUUUAAAGAUGGCUGCAAGCAUGGAAAAGGCGAAUGGCAAGAAAAAGAGGAUGGCGGCGCUUCCUAUGAAGGAGAAUACCUUGCUGAUAAAAAGCAUGGCAUUGGAAUUUACAAAUGGCCAAGCGGCAAUGAAUACAGAGGGAACUAUGUUAAUGACAAGAGAGAAGGCUACGGGGAAAUGUACUGGACAGAUGGGAGCUUUUACAAAGGUGAAUGGAAGGAGGGUAUUCAAAAUGGUAAAGGCAAAAUGACCUUCUCAGAUGGCACAGUUAGAGAGGGACAGUUUGUCAACAAUAUGUACGUUGAACCAGGAAAUUAUCAGUUCUCAAAUGAGAAAAAUGAUCCUAAUGAUGCCUUUAACAGAUCAGUAUACUCACACAUGCCUAGAGCUAUCUUCACAGCUAUGCAUGAUAGAGAUAAAAGUUAUGGAGAUCAGUCUUCAGAAUAUAGGAGAAGAUACAGUAAUGCAGGUGAUGCGAGGAAUUCACAUUCUUUAAGCCUCCAAAAUAUUGGAAAGCAAAAAUUGAUCCCCAGAAGAGAUAAUAGCAUGGAUCAAGUAAAUGAAAGGUUUGAAUAUGAAGAAGAAAGUCGAAAUGUCAGCAGGCUAAUGAAUCCUUAUGCUAACAAUGAUGCAGAGGAGUAUGAUAGCGAUUACAUGGGGCCUCGUAAACCUUUUAUGAGAGAAGACAGAUCUACUUCUCCUCCAGAACAUGAUCCUGCAUUUCGUGUAAACCGUUACAAAUCUGUGGGUGUUCAAGAGAGCAAUGAUAGCUUUGUUCUUCCAAAAAUUACUCAAAAGAAGAGCGCCAAAAAGGAGAAGAAGCAAAGCCCUGGGAAAAUCAACAAUAGAUUCCUCAAAAAGUACCCUCAAUUAUUUAAAGGAGUGAGGAGAGGAGGAAGACCUAGGAAAGAGAAAGCUGGCAAGGGACUAAAAGUAUUAACAUAUAAGCCAUGGAUCCCAUCUUCAGUAAAGUACCAAUACUUCGGAGACAUUGCUCAAAAAUAUAAGGUAUAUUAA